AUUGUCACUUUAUCACUUUUGUCUUCUCAUAAAACUCGUGCGAACUGCUCCGACUUUUUCUCUUUCCUCAAAACCUUCUCAGUACCAAAGUAGAGAGUAUGGAACCUACACCGGCACCGUCAUCAGCCACACUUGCUGCCUUGCAUGCAACACGCCAAAACACUAAUGACAACAGCAACAUCACUCAUGGACAAGGACAAGAAACUCAUAGGAAUGGUGCUACAGUAGCCAGCUCAAACUCCGGAGGAAUCGACAAUAUUCAAACGCAGAAUCCUUUAGACCAUGCCUCGGAACCUUCAACGAAUAACAAUGAUAAUAAUGACCCCAAUAUCACAUUGUUCUUGAGAGAGCUUGAAUCCAUUUCUACGCAUUCAAAACAACAGCAACAACAACAACAACUGCCUCAAACCACUUCCUCUUCGUCCUCCUCAAACACAGUCAAUCACGAACCAAAUCGCUGUUAUAUUUGUUUUGGCACGGACGAAGAUAGUGUAGGUCGAUGGGUAAAGCCUUGCCAGUGCACCCUCAUCUCACACGAGGACUGUCUCCUCGAUUGGAUCGACAAGAAUCGGCAACAGUUUGCAAAGAAGCAGGUGCGGUGUUCAGUUUGUAAUACAGUGUAUCGCUUGACUGAACCAAACUCAUGGCUCCUGAAUAUCUAUUCAACCUUUGACUCCAUUGUACACGCUGGUGUCCCAUACUUAACAUUUCUGGGACUAACCUGUUCAGUGUUGAUCACAAGCACAACCUAUGGUGCUUACGCUGUUCUCACAGUUUGCGGCACUGAAGAGGGUGAGAAACUUUUAGGAAGCCCGAACCCUUGGGGAUGGCGUGUCUGGAUUGGACUUCCUCUAAUCCCAGUGCUCCUCGUCUCCUCGAGGACAAAGGCAAUCGAUUCAUUCAUGCCAUUGAUCCCACUUCUGGUUGUGGGCAAUGAACAGCUCCAGGUGACCUAUCCACCAACCCCUGCACUGACUCUUUCAAUCAUGCCUUGGGUAAGGAUGGCCUAUAACAGUCUAUGGGCUGAGAUGGUGUCACGACUGGAAAUGCGGUGGCGCCGACAACAGGCUGCAGGAUCAGGCGUAGCAAGGCUGGGCGUGAAUGCUAGUAUAGACCAGCCCGAUAUGAACUUGUCUACAGCUGAGGCAACAAGGAAUAUACAUAAUACUGUUGCAGAAGAGGAGCCACCAUUUUUUGAAAGGAAAGACCUUGGCAGGACUAUUAUUGGCGCUUUGCUCAUGCCAGCGAUCUCAUCAAUUUGUGGAAGUAUUCUUGGCAAUUUCUCUUUUUUCCGGACGCGCUUCCCUGAUAAUUUUCAUCGCAACAUUUUGGGGGGAUGUUUUUUUGUAGUACUGAAGGAUUUGGCGGCAUUAAUAGGAAGGUAUCAGGAGAUGAGGCGUAGGAGGGUGCGCAGAGUGCGUGAGUACUCCGAGUUCAAAGAUGAGUAGUGUAAUGAAGCGAUAAGAUAUAAGUAUGAAUGCCCCAAUCCUCAAGGAGCAGUGUCAAGAUAAUAAAGACAUCCAUUGU